UCCGGUACACCUCGGUUUCCGGCGGGUGCUCCCUUGCGGAUUCGAAGUGUUCCUAUACCACCGCGUCGGGCCCGCGUGCCGGCCACGUGGCCUCCGCUCACCUACUGGCGACACCCCGCUUUUUUACGCGCACUCCAUUGAUAAGUCUGUAAUUACGAACCGGCUAUUUAAGUAAACAACGUACCUAUUGUUACUUUUGUGCACUUUAACUUUAGCAAUACAUGCAAUAAAUUAGGUACAUUGUAAUUUUCUUUAAUAAGACUAUCAUAUGAGCAGAAUAAAUGGACCAUCACAUUUUGAAAACAGUGCAUAAUUAUUUGAAUGUAACAGCAUGGAAUCAUGUCAAACAUUAUCGGACGAGCAAGAAAGAGCCUACAAAAUAUAUAAUAUGUACAAGCGACCAGAAAACCUCGAAUCGCCCCUGUCAGCUUCUCGCGACACGAAGACUGUGUACGCUAUGAAUGAUCAGACAUUUCAUACACCAUCAUUUGGCGACGAAGAGUUCGACAUUCCCCUCAUGCAUGGUCAACAUGCAACACCCGCAGGAGUGCAAAACUCACACAUCCAGUACAGUCAGUUACACCAUACAGCUCCUCAGGUAGGCAUGAUGAAUCCAGCUCAAGAUGGUUUAGCGCCACCUGGUGGUGCUCCCUCCUACCAACAACCUCUUUACUUGCAAGAACCUCAUACGCCAGUUACAUCUCACAGACGUUGUAGUGGUGCUGGUGCCCCAGCCGGUAACUACAUCAUACAGCAACAACCGGGUGGACAACAGCGAUUACUAAUGAUGCAACCAACACAAGUUAUGAGUGGCCCACCAACACCAAGUACUCCCACUCAGCCGUCAGGACCUGUGUAUGGAUCACCACAAAGAGCUUCGCCACCAGGCACCACUAGUGAUGACUCUGAUGAUAGUGUGCCUUCUCAUCAUUCUCAGUUGCCUGGUGAUGCGGAAAGCCUUCUGCCUAUCCAUUAUUGCUCAGCGAGCCGGCAGCAACAAACUACGCUUCAUCAGAUAGGUGUUAACAACAUGGGUGUAAAAAGGUCUUCUCCGGAACCUAUAGAUAAUGGAGUAAAUCGUGGUCAAAUGCAGAAAAAGCCCAAAGUACAGAAGAAAAAGAAAAAAAGAGAUCCCAAUGAGCCACAAAAACCUGUAUCAGCUUAUGCUUUAUUCUUCCGAGAUACACAGGCCGCCAUAAAAGGACAAAAUCCUAAUGCUAGUUUUGGAGAAGUAUCGAAAAUUGUAGCUUCUAUGUGGGAUGGAUUAGAUUCUGAACAUAAAAGUGUUUAUAAGCAGAAAACAGAAGUGGCAAAAAAAGAAUACCUCAAAGCCCUUGCUGCUUAUAGAGCUAGUUUAGUAUCAAAGGGAGGUGAACAAGAAAGCCAAGCCAUUUAUAAUCACACAAAUAAUACAAACCCGACAUAUGGUAAUUAUUACCAAGGGCAAACUUAUGGUAAUGGUCAUUCACCCCAAAAUUACGUGCCAAAUCAAGCUCCACAGGGAUACUCACCACAAAGCUAUUCCGGUGCACAACAGCAGGCCACUUACCAGGGACAGUCAGCUCAAUACUCUUCUAACCCUCAACAAUCACCCCAGAGUUACCAAGGAAAUAUGGCACACACACCUCAGACAUACCAAGGAGUUCCUGCACAGUCUCCUCAAGGAUACCAAGUGAACCCUGCUACAUCUCCUCAGAAUUGCCAACCUAAUAUAGGACAGUCACCACGAAGCUAUCAGCCUGCACAGUCUCCAUCUAGUUAUUCUGCAAAUUCAGCUCUGUCACCUCCAGGCUACAGACAGGUGCCCUCACAAUCUCCUCCAAUGGGUUCAGUCCAUCCUGUUAUGCAGUACCAUCAUUCUCAGCAAAUGCAACAAGCUCAUCAACAAAUGCAGCAGGUCCAUCAAGUACAACAAUAUCAGCAGCAGCAACAGCAGCAGCAACAACAGCAGCAGCAGCAACAACAACAGCAACAGCAGCAGCAGCAACAACAGCAGCAGCAGCAGCAGCAACAACAGCAGCAGCAGCAGCAGCAGCAACAACAAAAUCAUUCAAUGCUGAAAAAUGACCAACUGUCUUCAAAUAAUAAUGGCAAUUCAGGCAUGCCACAACAGUCUCCAGAUUUGAAUGACAAUAGAAGCACACCCUCUUGUAUCCGUCAAGGCUGCACUAAUCCAGCCAUUGCUAAUAGCGAAUGGGAAGAUGAAUACUGCUCCAAUGAAUGUGUUGUCAGUCACUGCAGGGAUGUCUUCAGCUCAUGGGUAGCAUCAAAUAGUAACAACCAAAUACAAAACUUUUCUGCUGUCAAGUAAAAUACUAUAUGUACAUAUCAUAUUGUAAUAAAUUCCUUGUAAGUUAUGUAUGCUAACAAUAUAUAAAUUUUAGCAUAAAUAUUCUUUGUUUUAUGAAUACAUAAAGAAUGUAUUUCUCUUAUGACUAUGUAUUUCCUUUGUUACUUUUUCUGUAAUUGUAAUCUGGAAUAAUUAUAGAUCCAUUAAAUAUAUAAAAAUCUUUAUUGAUAAACUAUUAAUGGAUGUUUUGUUAGAGAUGCAAGAUUUAUGACACACAAAUGUUUUAGCAAGAACCUGGCUGUAAAAACAAGAGUCAAUAUAAUAUAGCAACACCAUAUAGACAAUUGAAGUAAUUCAAGAACAUUAUAGAACAUUGUUAACAAAGUUUGGCAACUAAAAAAAUACAAA